UCUCUUCUCCCCACCCGCGAGGAGCGAAUUGCUCGAGCCCUAGCGCCGCUAGGAGCGAGUGGACGGCGGCGUCGCGGGGAGGUCGGGGUCGUCGCCGGCGGCCCGAGGGAGGCAGGGGGAGCUGCGGUGGGGCGGCCAGCUGUUUUUGCCCCCUCUGCUUCGUUCGCGCAUGGGAGAAGACGAGGCGAUGGCUUGUGCUACCAAAGAUACUCAGGCAAAGAAAAAUGAAAAGGAAAACCAUGGCAAAACCAUUGAUAAGGAAACUCAGAAGGUGAGCUGUAAUUACUGUGGGAAGGUGGUUACAUCAUACAACCGCCUGGAGCACCACUUAGCUGGCAUCAGGGGAAAUGUUUCUCCUUGUGACCAAGUACCUGAAAGUGUCAGGCAAAACAUAAGGACUUUGCUUGAGGACCGCAGGAAAGAUUGGAUAGCCCGAAGAAUAGGAAAACUUAAAUCUUCUGAGCUUCCUACAGUAAGAAAUCCAUCCCUCCCAUCUGCUCAAGCCUGCCAACCAACGUUGCAGCCAAUUGCAUCCAGUAUAGAUCGAGUGAACUCUGUUAAUGGGCACCGUUGCUUUGUUCACUGCACAAAUAAUUUGUUGCAGCCCAGCACAACUGCACAAUUAAAUGCCAAUUAUGUUUGUUGCAACGCAAGUUCAUUUCAGCAGGGAGGCCAGACAAUAGAAUUAGCUAUGCCUCCAUAUCAAAAUCCUUCUGUGACGAAUAAGCAAUUGGAAAUAUCUUCAGGACAGAGAAUUAAUCCAUUGAGUUUCUCUAUGGAGAAUUCUUCACCACAGAUGCAAGAUUCAGUAUCAUCAAUGGAGUCAAACAAUAGUUACUUGAAUUCUCAGGCAGGAAAGUCAAUAGGCAAGCUCAUCUUUGAAGCUGGACUUGACCCUGGUAUUCUCCACUUGCCAUCUUUCAAGGACAUGGUUGAUGUGCUUGCCUGGGCUCAGGUUUCAAUGCCUACUUAUGAAUCAAUUAUGGAGGAUCAACUAAAAGAAAUUCAAUAUCGUGCAGGGGAUCUCAGGAAACAAUGGGAAAUGAGUGGUUGCAGUGUAAUUUUGGAUAGCUGGGAGAGUCGAUGUGGUAAGAGCUUCAUAAGUGUUUUGGUGCAUUGCAGCAAAGGCAUGCUAUUCCUCAAAUCAAUGGAUGUCUCUGAAAUCAUUGAUGACGUGGAUGAGCUAUCACUUAUGCUUCUUCAUGUGGUUGAAGAGGUUGGUGUCCUCAACAUUGCUCAGAUUAUCACAAAUGAUGCGUCACCACAUAUGCAAGCUGCAGAGCAUGCAGUGCUAAAGAGAUUUGGCCACUCAUUCUUCUUCACACUAUGUGCUGACCAUUGCAUCAAUCUUCUGCUUGAGAACAUAGCAGCACUUGAUGAUGUCAGUAAGGUCCUAAUCAAGGCAAGGGAUAUUACCAGGUUUAUUUAUAGUCAUGCAGUGCCAAUGGAGCUGAAAGGAAAAUAUAUUCAGGGUGGCGAGAUUCUGAGCAAUUGUAAUUUAAAAUUUGUGGCAAUGUUCAUCACAUUAAGGGAGCUAGUUUCCGAGAGAAUAAAUUUGGUGGAACUGUUUAGCUCACCUGAAUGGGCUUCCUCUGAUUGGGCUUCUAGAAGUACAUUCAGACAUGUCUAUGAAAUAGUGAAGACUGAUGAUGCAUUUUGGUGUUCUGCUGCUGAUAUUUUGAAGCUUACAGAUCCACUUGUCACUGUGUUGUACAAGCUGGAAGCUGAUAGUUGCCCAAUAGGUAUCUUGUAUGAUGCCAUGGAUUGUGCAAAAGAAGACAUAAAGUGCAAUCUUCGAGAUAAACAUGGUGAUUAUUGGCCUAUGGUUGACAACAUAUGGGAUCAUUACUUGCAUACCCCAGUUCACGCUGCUGGUUAUAUUCUGAAUCCAAGGAUCUUUUACACAGAGCGAUUCAGUUGUGAUACUGAAAUCAAAAGCGGGACCACAGCCUGUGUAAGUCGACUGGCCAAAAAUCACUAUGAUCCUAGGAAAGUGGCUGCACAAAUGGAGAUAUAUCAAAGUAAAUCAGCACCUUUUGAUUCAGACACAGAAAUUCAGCAAAUAAUGGAAAUACCGCAAGUUCGUUGGUGGUCGGCACAUGGGACUAGCACCCCUGAGCUGAAAACCUUUGCAAUCAGGAUCUUAAGCCAAACAUGCUUCGGCGCUUCCAGAUACAACAUCGACUGGAGCAUAUCUGAGCAGCUGCAUCUUGUGAAGAGGCCGUAUCCUGAGCAAGAGAAGUUCCGAAAGAUGGAGUACAUCCAUUACAACCUUCGUCUCGCCCAUUCUGAGCCAUGCGUACGAGGUGCUUCCGGUGCUCAGAAUGGUAGGCUCGCUAGUCGACUGGGUGAUUGGAUCACAUCAGCGCGCGCCACUUGCUAUUACAAGUGAUACAGUUCAUGAUCUGGAGGCUGGAGCAGUGCUUUCAGCCCCUUUUUGGUCUUUCUGGCAUUAUGCUUAUACCAUUUUAGAGUUCAGGCUCUGAUCAAAGCAUGUCCUAGUUCUAGUGUUGUACUGUUUCUUAGUUGAAUUACCCCCGGAUUAGUUUGAACCUUAAUCGCCUAUAUGUGACAAAAUGGAAAACGACAAGUGAACAUAUCGUGGUUACCUGACAGUACUUGCGUUGAA